GCACUGUGGCGGAGAGGGGGAGCCUUGUUCAGGUUUUCCACGGUCAGGUGUUCUCAGAGCUGGAUGUUUAAGAUCUGUGCAGUGGACCUUUCCUCUUGUCUGUUGAUUUCCACAUUUUAUUUUGUUAAAUUUGGGGUUUUUGAUGAGUGAAGGCGCCCACCACCAUGAAGUACAGGACAGUGGUGAUGUACAUGGAGAUCGGCUGCUUUGUGUCCUGUCUGUCUGGAUGGAUCCUGGUGUGUUCCACUCUACCCACCGAGUACUGGACCUUUUCUGAAGUGGGCAGCAUCGUCCUGACCACCUCAAACUACUACUCCAAUCUGUGGCGGGACUGCAUCUCAGACACCACAGGGGUCUCCGACUGCAAGGACUACCCCUCCAUGUUGGCCCUGCCUGCCUUCCUACAUGCCUGCAGAGCCCUGGCCGUCUGCUCUGUCAUCACUGGCUUCUUUGCAGGUGUCCUCACCCUGGUGGGGAUGAAAUGCACUAAAAUAGGAGGCUCAGAGAUUGCCAAUUCAAGGGUGACCUUUGCAGGUGGUAUAACGUACCUUGUUUCAGGAUUCUGUGGGAUGAUCACGUAUUCGUGGUGGGGCAACAGAGUCGUAUCAGAAUUUUUGGAUCCGAAUUUCAGGGCACAAAAAUUUGAACUGGGAGCUGCAGUUUUUAUUGGCUGGGGAGGCUCGACCCUUCUCAUCGGUGGAGGGGCGGUGCUGAGUUUCUUCUCUGGAAAAGAGGGUCUUCGCUCAACCUCCCAGAAAAGCCCACGAAGGCCUGCGACCUAUGCCACGGCCCGAACCAGACGGACUUACAUGCUGCCACCGUCCUCGUCCAGAGUGACCCUGGUGCCUCCCCUGUUCUACGAAGGCAGAAGCAGCAGGAAGAGCAGAGCAACUAGAGCGACAACCAAGACCAGCAGGACGUUCAGCAGGGACGACUUUGUCUGAGCCAAUGAGCUGAGGAAGUGACUCAGUUACCAAAGGAGGAGACUCUUACUGAACAAGUGCAUGGCUGGAAAUGAGAAUCUUGCCACUAACGCAGUGCUUGGAAACAUGCACAAAGGAAGAAAUGAUGACAGAUAUAAAACAAGAAGUUCUUUGGUGGUCCUGCUUUUUGCAAAUACGGAAUUUGUAUGCAGAGGAAACUGUAAUGUGUUUUAUGUGAAACUUUGCAACUUCAUGUGAAAUGAAAAAUUACAUACAAACUACACGGCCUUUGUUGAUACAAAACAUAGCUGGUGCAGACA